AUGUGGAGUUCUUUGACGAGGACAGGGACGGCAUUCUUACUAUUCCGGAGUACUAAAGGUUUUAUUGCGAUCGGAAUGGACCCUGCCUUCGCACUUACCAUGGCCACAGCAACCCAUGCUGCUUUCGGUCCUUUGACGACCCCUUUUUGUCCCCAAAAAAUUCGAGAGAAUAUUCCAGAGAUUUUCUCUCACAGCGAGGAGGACGCCUUGUCGUGGUUGGAGGUAGAGGCGAUGCUCAUCGCAAACAGGGACCUUCUUAGGCCUCUAUCAUGGCCGGCGGCUGAGACGGAGUGGCAGCUGAUCCACAUGCUGGGCAAGGACAGGCACGGGUACCUCCACAAGGGGCGUCUACGACGCGACGGCACCGUCUUCCCCAAGAUGCGCGACCACACCAUCGACCCGCAUCUUGGCGGUCACAGCGACGCCUGA